GGGUGCGUGGAGAUCACUCGACAACUUUUGAGCACUGCUUGCAGUGUGUUGACCUAGAUAAAACUCAGAAAAAGCUGGUCAACAAACCCAAGCACAAAACCUGGCUCAGAGCUUGGGUGUUUACGGGCAGCAGACAAGCUAGCUUUUUUUUCUGGACAAAAUAGAUUCCCUAAACAAGCAGGGAUCAGGAAAAGGGGCUAUGAUGUGGCCCAACUUUUUCCUUCAGGACCGGGAGCAGCGCAUAGCCAUGCGCAGGAGGGGAGAGACCCCACGGCAGAAAGUUCUGGCUGACGAGCAGGAAGGCAAGAUCAAGCUGGCAUUCUUUGUGGCCAUUGUGGGGAUGACCCUGACGGUGCUGGCGGUGGGCACAGAAUUCUGGGUGGAACUCAACACCUACAAGCAGAACCAUUCCGCCAUCUGCGAGGCUGCCCACUUCGGCUUGUGGAAAUUCUGCUAUAAGAAACUCUGGGUCUACGAUGUGGGAGAAGAGAGAGACACAUGCGGGCCUGCAGAGCUACCUGGUGAAGCUAACUGUUCUUAUUUCAAAUUCUUCACCACUGGGGAGAAUGCCAACAUCUUCCUAAGGACUACAAAAAAGGAACUCAACAUCACGGCAGCCGUUGUGUCCCUCCUCAGCAUCACCUUGAUGGCCAUGGGAUCCCUCUGCAUCACAAUGGCCCUGAGCAAAGGAGUUGAGUUUCUCCUGAAGCCAGCAUCGUGCUUCUUUAUAAUAUCAGGACUGAUGGUGUUGGUGACUUUGGAGAUUUUCCGACAAUCGGUCCGGUGCCUGAUCACCUCCAAUGAGACCAUCCCACUGGAAUAUGAGUAUUCCUGGUCUGUGGCUUGUGCAGUGUCUGCAGGAGCAAUUCUGAUCUUUGGGGGAACCUGCUUCAUCCUAUUGUCUAUCCCAGGUUUGCCCAAAAAGCCUUGGGAAUAUUGCAUCAAAAAGAGAAGCACCAGUGAACAUACUUCCUAAAAA